AUGAAGCUGCAAACACUUGCCGCCAGUGUCCUGUUCGCGUCGUCAUCCCUCGCUGCUGUCAUCAAGCGGGAGUCUCAGUUCAAUAAGGGACAACCAAUUGAUGGCAAAGGCAAAGGCGCUCCUAUCCUGGGUGGUACCGACCGUCAGAUUGACAUUGCUAACCCAUCGAACUUGGGCGAGCAAGGUACCGACUCCGGCACCGUACCCAACCUGAAGUGGCGUUUCGGCGAUUCGAAGACUAGGAUCUAUCCUGGCGGCUGGGUUCGAGAGCAGGUGGACAAUGAUCUUCCAGCAAGCCACGAUAUCGCAGCGGCCCAGCAACAUUUGAAGAAGGGUGCGAUUCGCGAAUUGCACUGGCAUCGUGUGGCUGAAUGGGGCCAAGUGCUCUUCGGUCGUGUUUUAGUCUCUGCCGUGGACGAGAAGGGUCGCCACCAGGUCACGGAGCUAGGUUUUGGAGACAUCUGGUACUUCCCCAAGGGCCAGGCCCAUACCGUUCAAGGGCUUGACGACGAGAACGAAUACCUUCUCGCCUUCGACGAUGGAGACUUUGACAGGGCUGGCACUACCUUCAACCUAGACGAUUGGCUCGCGAAGACUCCAAAGUCUAUCCUUGCAAAGAGCUUUGGUCUGCCAGAGUCAGUAUUCGACAAGCUUCCAGAGAAGAACCCAUACAUACAGAACAGCACCACUGGUCAGGGAUCUAAGUUCAGGACCAUCAGUGGUGGUGGAGGCGAACUUACGGGUGAUGCAUCAUACGUCUACCGCACUUUCCAGCAUGCUCCUGAGCCUGCGCCCGGUGGUGCUGGCCAGUGGUGGAAGAUCGACUCGACCAACUUCCCAAUUGCGAAGACUAUUGCUUCUACAUACGUUGUCAUCGAACCCAAGGGUGUGAGGGAACUGCAUUGGCAUCCCACCUCCGAGGAAUGGCUGUAUUUCCAUGAAGGUGAGGCUCGCGCUACCGUCUUCACCGGCAACAGCAACUCGCGAACAUUCAACUUCAAGCCCGGUGACACUGCCGUCUUCCCUGACAACUCGGGCCACUACAUCGAGAACACUUCGGAGACGCAGAACCUAACCUUCAUCGAGAUCUACAAGGCGGAGCGCGUUGCUGACGUUUCGUUGACCCAGUGGCUGGCUCUUACGCCUGCGGACAUUGUAGCUGAUGUUCUCAAGAUCCCCAUCGACGUUGUCCAAGGUCUGAAGAAGGAGAAGCAAGUGAUCGUCCACGGUCGCAAGAACUAA